AAAACUCCAUUUCAGCUGAAAAGAAAGCCAUAAAGUGUGCAAUCGCCAUGAAAAAAGUGCAACUGUCAACGGAACACAAAAAACUUUGUUGUUUACAAUUUGCCGUUGUUGCAGCAGCAGCCGUGGUGAGCUUGCAAAAUAUUGAAUUCAAUUUAAAGCGCAAGAGGCGUUCAUAAGUCUCCGACAAUUGUGGGCCCAAGGAGCGGUAGAAAGGCACCGCGCGGCGGGAAUCGGGGAAUCGGUGAAAGAGUUAAAGUCGGAUUAUGGUCAUGCACCGAACUCCCUUACCAGCCCAUUCCAUUUCAUUCCAUCCCAUCCCAAAACCAUUAUUCUCCGCAGUCGCCUUCUCAUCCGCUCACUCAUUUAUUCCUUUUGAUUGCAGUCGUGUGCGAGUGAGAUGCAAGCGGGGGGAGAUCGUAAACUGUCAGCGCAAUUAAAAUAAAUUGAAACUGAACUUUCGCACACACAGUGAAAAACGAUUCGAAUACUCAAGACUUUAAUAAAGCAAAUAUUUCUCUUUCGUUGUAAUCAAGAUGCAACGUGGUUCAUAUUUUUUUCCAAAAUUAUGCCAAAUUAGUUUCAAAACUACCAGCUAGUACAACAAAUAUAUGUAUAUCCCUUGACACUGUCAUCCUGUUCACAUUGUUCUUCAUAACUUAAAUAAUGGAAUGCCUUAUUAUAAAAACCAGGCUAUCAUAACAUUAUAUAAGUAUAUACAAACCUAUUUUUCACUGUGUGAAAAUGAAAUUUAACACAACUUUUUCCGCCCAGCUGUCGCAUAAUUCAUCAACUAUUUAGGCGGCAACAGAAGAAAAAAUUAAAGAAAAAUUUGCGUGUGUGUCGCAAAAAGUUUUUCAUUUUUAGCAUCUUGAUUGUUUGAGGGCGGGCAAGUGAGUAGGGGGGUUGGCCGGGUCCGGGGGCCCUGGAAGAUGGAGCAGAGAGCAGGAACUUUGCCUGGUAGCCGGGCCAGAAAACGGCUUGGCUUGCCUGCCAUGGCCAUGGGCAACUAAAUGAACGUUCCACAGUCUUUGGUCUUGGGUCCCCAGUCCUCUCUGUCCGUACGCUGUCCGUAAGCUGUCCGUCCCUUUCGGUCCGUUCCGUCUGUCGGGUAAGCCAUCUCUUUCCCCCGCCCCGACGACCGUCUCUUUCUGUGCGCUCACCUUCCUUCUCAGCUCGUAUCUCAAAUUGUUCAACUUCAUCAGCAAAAAAGCAAGGGAAAAGAUGCUGCUGCUGUGGAUUGUGGAUAUGUACUGUGAAAAAUUUGGAUAUUUUAAAGUUUUUUUUGUUUUAUAUAAAUCCAUAUUUAUCAUUCUCAUUAACCGAAGCGAGUACAUUUGAUUGCACUCAGUUCUAAUAAAAAGUUGCCUCUUUAAACUUCAGUUUAUCUUGAUUACUGAUAUAUUAAUCUCAUAUAUAGUUGAUUAAAACUAUAAAAAUCUAUAUAUUUAUUUGCUGUGCAUCAAAUCACACCAAGUCAAGCUUCCCUCAACCCCUUUACAUAUAUAUAUUCUUUGGUCUCUCCCCACUCUCCAUUCGAUUGUCAUGAGUCUGGGCCCGAGACUACUUGCUUUUGUCCUUUUUGUUUUCCAACGGCAGCAGGCAGCAUCAGGAGACUAAGACCCCGAGGUCCCAGAGCACUUGAGCUGGGUUUCUCCGAGUUGAGGAAGUCAAGGCGGCAGAUAUGGUAGGGAAUCGGUUGAGGGGGUUGAAGGCCUUAAGCGGAGCCGAACGAGGAGUUAAGCGGAUGCAUAAUACGGAAUAAUGUCUUGAAAACGAAAAGGGAAUGCUGAGCAUAUCGCUGGGAUUCCGAUGCUACUAAGAUACCCUUCAGCUUAAAAGGCUGUGCCAAACAUAAGCAUGUGAUGCGGAUUAUUUUGGAUUAAUUUCACGUAAUUAAUAUUGCAGCGGGAUGAGGGCUGUAUUGCAACUCUUUAUUGAUUUAAUUGAGGUAAUAAUAAAUUCAUGAAACAAGUGUAAUGUAAAUAUCUGUCAAAAUCCCUCGCCUGUUCUGUCCAAAAUUCGUGCUUAGAAAUUUCUAUGAAUGGCUCUCGUCCAGAGUAACGAAAACGACUUCCAUGCGCUUCGAGAGGCGCAACGGAUGGUGGACUCGUGCCAGGACUUUGCGGACCACUUGAUCGUGGCCGAGUUCCUACCCCAUUGUCGCGGCGUGGCCUACAUCAAUAUUCGCACCUUGGAGCAGGUCAUCUAUUGUGUGCAACUAAGUAGCGCUGGCUAUCGGAUCGUGUCCUAUGAGUUCGAUGAUGUGGCCGAUGAGGUGGCCAAUUGCGACACCGUCUAUGAGUCCGCCCAUCAAUUGCUGGCAGGGAUUAGUCCGCUGUAUGGGGAGAAAUAUGGCUUUGGACGAGAGCCACUGGGGAAGCGAAAGGAGAAGCGGUCCUGAGGUGGGCGUGGCAUGUGAAGAAUUUGUCUGCUAAUUGCUAAUUGCCGCCCCAAAAAGUGAUAAUUAAGCGUCUUGCAGGUAAAUGACUUGAUUGCAAUAAUAAAGCCCGAAGCUGCGAGUUGGAUUCGGGGUCUGCCAUUUGAUUAAUUGCUGCCAAGUGAGCACAGACAGACAGAGGGGAGAAGCUGGAGCAAGGAGCAAGGAGCAGGGGCAGGGAUAGGGGCAGGUUGCCAGUUGAUUGACUCAACUUGGCACUCUCCGGACCUUUUGUAGCGAAAAAAGUUAACAAGUUUUUGUGCCGUUCCACUUGACUGCCGCCGUCGAAGGAGGCGAAUGAAGAUGCAGACGGUUGAAGCUACAAGCUACAAGCUCUAACUCUCGAACACCCAACCAAACCAAUCCAAACCCCAACCCAGCCCAACCCAGCCCAACUCAGUGCCUGCCUCUCCAGCUCCACUUGUAUUCCUCAUUUUGGCCGGGCACCAAGCCAACUAAGGUUUUUAUCUAGUUGAGUCCAUCUAGUCGCUUUUCCGUCCGUCCCACGGGUGUCUGCUGUGGACAAUUCACAGAUACAUACGCUGAAAACACACAGAUGAACAAACACAGGUACAGGCAAACAUCAAUAAGAACGCUAGAACUUCAAAUCAAUGCAGGCAAUAAAACAAAAAUUAAAGUGCAGAAAGUUAGUCGAACUAUUUUCGUUUUUAAUAAUACAUUAGGCUUCUAUAAUGUAUGCCUCAUCCUGAAAUAUUUGUAAAGUGAUAGUUUGCUUUAUGUGAGCUUCACUGUAGUUGGGCGAACGCAUUUGCUUUGGCGUCCGUAUCGGCCAAGUCUAUCUGAGCUGGCUCUCCACUUGUCUAUGCUCGUAUAUCUGUCCAUUGAAGCAUGCAAUUGAUUGCUGCAACGGCAACGGCAGCAGCAGCAGCAUUAUCCCCAACCUCUGUGUUUUGCCCACCCCCCCCCACUGCAACCUGCCCCUUCUCCGCCUCUGCGCUUUAAUUGCCUUUUCAUUGCAGCCCGUCGGCCUUUUGACUCAGUGGAUCCAGCCCCCCUUUUGCCUCAUCAGUGUGUGUGUGUGUAAUUUGUGGUUGUUGUUCUUUGUUAAUGCAUUACAUGAAUUUUAACAAGCUUUGCAUUCUGACUGACUACCCCCCUCUCCCCCCCCCUUGCCCCUUUCGUGUUUGUUUAUUGUAGCCGCAUCUCUGCGAAUGCAGACAUAAUUUAACCUUUGCCUGUCUCAGUCUAAUGCAUUUCAUUUUGCAAAUUUUCAGUCAAUGAGCAUUGCAAAUUGAAGGCGCAUUUUAGAUGGGCAACUUUCAGAAGAUCUUCUACUUAAAUUGGUUAAAGCACGAAAAUCUUGGUAAUAAACUAAGCUCGUUUAAAAAAAAACCAUUUUGCAUCGUUAAACGAAAUUGGAUCAAAGCAUUCAAAAUGAAUAUCACUUAAUCAGUAGACAAUUUGAAACAAGUUCCAUUUAGAUUUUAGUAUUAUUUAAGUGAACUCGUUAAAAGGCUAUAAUGCAAACAAGUUUUGAUAAAAACGUUUGGAAUAAUUAUUUGCCUACUUCUUUUUUAGUAUUUGCCUUACAAAUAACCAACAGCGAUUCAAAUCAACAACAAUCUGUUGCAAAUGGAUAUAAUAUGUUAAUUUACUGAUCUAGUGUCCCUAAAAUUAUCUGGUGCAAUUUCACAAUAAAAUCCUAAAAUCACAAUUGCAAACAAGUUCACAAAUAGAGCUUAGGACACUUGCAAAAAAUAUUCAAAAAUUGUUUUUAAUAUUUUUCAUAUAAUUAUGUCUUUGGAAACGAUUAAUUUUGUAUGAUAGUACUUAAAAAGGAAGUUUUUCCACUUUUCCUCGCUUCAUCAAGGACAAUUAAUAGACAUAAGAAAAGAGAAAGUGAAAAUGAAAAUGACCCGAUAUUUUUUUUUGCGUGCACCACUCCCUGGAGUUUUCAUGGAACCGCAAAUUUUCCGUGUUAGUCCAACUAAUUGGCUGCGUUUUUGGUUAAUUAGCGCAUUAGCAGCUCCAACUAACCAUGACAACGUUGUCCGUCGAAAAUGAAAAUGAAAUCUCUUUGCUGUCGCACACGCGCUUUUAUGGGCACUCAAAUUGGCAGCUAAACUUUGGCAACAGCCACAACAUCAACGGCAACGGGCAACAUUCAACAAGCAGCAACAGCCACAGCAACUUGCAACCGCCGAACCAUCGACAACGACAACUAUUUUGUCUGCAUUAAAACGUUGUAAUUAUUUUAUGCCAGAUAACAAUUUGAUAUUGUCAAUGCUGCAAAAUGUUCAAGCCGCCAACAGAUGCGACAGCUGCGGGACUCGCGGGGUUUUUUCGCCGCGUGCAAACUGUGUGAGUUAGAUUGAUGGUGGCUAAAUGCAAAUUGGUUGCCAUUGCUGUUUUCAGUUUUCUGUAGCCAUAUGCUAAUCAGGGUGAGCCCCAGUCGCGUUUUGUUGCAGCAAAUUAAUUGGCUUUUAAAACCGUGUUAGAUCGCCAUAUCGCUUGUAAUGCAAUGAAAACAUCAUAUUGCACAAUAUAACUAUUGAAAAGCAUAUCUGUCGAAGCUGCUGAUAGAAACAUGAUUUAGUGUGUUUUUUCUUAAAUGAAGAUCUAAGACUAAUCUUAAAUCUUUUUCUUUUAAAUCAAUGCUCAGUUAUAAAGAAAAAAAACUAAACCUCUGCGACUUUAUUUCGUAUCUGUGAAAUUGCCAAUGAUUUCCAUGCGAAGUUGGCUCACUCUAAACUGAAUUUCCCCCCCCAGCCAACAAGCGGAGCAGCCUGAAAAUGGGGAAAACACAGUGGCGGCCACAAGUUUUUCGAGGGGCGUUUGCGGCGGGGAGGGGGAAGUGCCGCAUGCUGCUGUCAUCAGUUGACAGCCAGCAGCAGCAGCGUCGCCUUCGUCGUUGUAGCUUUUAACAAUUUGCAAUAAAUUAGCCGAGGCAACUGUGCAGAGUUUUCACUUGAAAUGCAACUAGAAUUGCAUUUUCCACGGGGUGGCGGAAAAGAGGGGAAAGUAAACAGGAAAAAAAUGGAGAGACUUUCUUUGCUUUAAGAAUGGGUUGCAUAAGCAGUUCUACAACCUUAUGGAUUGCACACUUGUUAGUUAAUCCUUGUAAUUAGUUUAAUUUUUAUGAACGGCAUUUAAGCCAGUUCGUAUUUCUUUGGCCAAAACCCUUUUUUCUCAGUGCCAGCGACACUUGGUGCAAUUUUUGCUCGAAGUUCCCCUCGUUCCCGCCAACUACCAAACACUCUUUUUCUUACCACAACAGUUUCCAAACAUGUCUUGCCAAUUUCACACUCAACUGCCUGCCUGCCUGCCUCUCCGCCCGAAUUCAGCUGGCUAAAAGCGAUUUUUACCUGGCCCGGUUCAUUU